CGGACGCGGACAUAUUCGACGCUGACACGGAUCCAGGAAGAAGAGUGUUUCAGGGUUCAGUCUGUACAACUGGGCAUCUCAAAAGAUCUUAGGAAGAUAAACCUGGGAUACAGUCAUCUCAAGGAGCUGAAGGCCAGAGAUUUCUCUGGUCGGCCGGGUCUUGAAGAAGUCAUAAUUUCAUCAGGUGAGGUCGAGAAGAUGGAUGACAACAUGUUCAUAUCUCACACUGCAUUAAGAACUCUGGACCUUCAAAAAAACAAAUUGAGACACCUUCCCAGAGGUCUUCCCCCUGGCCUGGAAAUCCUUCAUGUGGGACACAACAGGAUACACAGCCUCCAAGAAUCUUCCCUGGUGGGUCUCAAAAAGCUACGGAUCUUGCACCUCCAGAAUAACCAGAUAAGCACUCUGCGUGCCAGUACCUUAUCAUUACUUGAAAACCUUGAGAGUCUCUACCUCGAUGUCAAUAAAAUUAAGUCGAUACACGGUGCCCCCAGGUUGCCAACGCUAAAUAUCCUUAGCAUGGGAAGCAACAGUAUCUCUUCCAUACCUUCUGCUUUUUUCUCUUCAAUGCAUCUUCUCAAGAUUUUAGAUUUGUCUUCGAACCACCUAACCAAAAUCCCUCACGGUCUUCCACAAUCUCUGAUUCAUCUAAACCUGGACAGGAAUCAGAUCCAAUCACUUAGAAAUCGUGAUAUGUAUCAAAUGCACAACCUUGUGACUCAAGGUGUCAGCUUUAAUAAAUUAAUAUCAGUGGAUUGGAGUCUUCGUCUGCCUAGCCUCUCUGUGUGUGAGUUAGCGGGAAAUAAGUUACGAGAACUUCCUGGCAGUUUGGGAUCUAAACUGGAAAACCUAGACUGCAGGCAGAACAAUAUUCAGGAAGUCACCUAUCAGCAACUGGCGGGGAUGAAUCAACUUAAACAUCUUUUUUUGGAAAACAACACCAUACGCAAUUUUGAAGCCGGUGCGUUCAGGAACUGCAUGCAACUUUCUAAUCUUGCUUUAGAACAGAAUCUCCUCUCUGCUAUCCCUAAUGGGCUUCCUGAGACACUGGUCCGUUUGGAUCUGAAGGAAAACAACAUUGACACAAUACACGAACGUGAGCUCAGACCUCUCCGGAAACUACAGGUGUUAAACCUCCGGAACAACAAACUCUCCUCCCUCCCUGCUCUGAAACUGCUUCCAAAACUGAAGGUUCAUUUCUGGAUGGAAACCCGUGGCAGUGUAGCUGUGAACUGCUUAAGAUAAAAAAGACACUUUUAGCAAAACAUGUGGAAAUCAGCCCUGAUUUCUGCAGAGAGCCUGUCCAUGCGUCUCUUGAGGAAUGGCGAGCUUAUUUAUUGGCACAAGACACCUGUCCCUGAUAGCACACAUACAUCUUGCUUACGUCUAUUUGACGUCUGCAUUUAUAUCUUACAGACAUCUACAAUACAUAGUUUGCUCAUCUGCAGUACGUCUCAGAGAUGUCUGCUGUCAGACGUCAUAUAGACAUCUAGAAGACCUCUGUAAGAUGUUUAUGAUUUAGAAUGGAUGUAAAGCUGCUCUUUCUAAGAUGUUUAGCAGAUGUUUUUACACAGCAGAUCUCCAGAUCUUUAACAGACAUAUAACAGACGUUCAGACGUCUCCGAGACAUAUUGCAGAUGAGCAAACUAUGUAUUGCAGGUAUCUUGCAGAUGUAAAUGCAGACGUCAAAUAGACUUGAGCCAGAUGGAUUGUGUUAUCUGGGGUGAGAGGCAGACCAAGAAGUUAUUGCUGGAGAGCAAAGCCGAACACAAAGAUAACGAAGAAUAGGAUUAUGAUUUAUAACACUACACCUUAUAUUUAACAUAACUACGUUGUUCCUAUAAUUCAUGUACAGUCUUGUUUUGCUGCCUGUUUUGUCCUCAUUCUCAUCAGGAUAAACAAUAAACAGAUUU